AUGGCGCGCCCCGGCAGCCGCCGCGCCCGCCGCCUGCCGCCUCCGGCGAGCCCCGAGCCGCGGGCGGCAGCAGCCACGCCCCCGCGGCCCGGGUCCGCGUCCCGCCGCCGCGCCCGCAGGGUCCGCGUCCAGAGCCCCUCUCUCGCGGCCGUCCGCCGGGGGCCCGCCCCGCCGCCGCCAAACCCUCCUCCGGACACCCCGCCGGUCCGCUGGCCCCUGGGCGCGGGCGCUCGCUCUGCCUCCCGUCCCGGCGCGGGCGCUGCUGCCCUAUCGGUGCGGGAGAUCGCCGCGGCGCUGUGGCGAAUGCAGCCGCCGCAGGCGCCGCCGCCGGGGCGUGGGACUGGGACGGCGCGACGGAGUAGGGCUCAGUCCAGUUCAAAGCGCCCACACACGCCUGACCAUUGUCAGCAAUAUAAAGCAGUUAUCCAGGGCAGGACAGGGAAUAGGACUGUUAGCAAUGCCCCACAUGAGAUGGAAGCUCAUUCUGCAGUGCGUCAAAUAGAAACAGAAAUGGCAACAAAGUGGAACCAUCAAUUCAUGAAAGCUUCCCAGGGUGCAGAUUAUGAUUACAUUGAACACAAUCAGAGGGAUGCUGGUGGAGAAAUCUAUUCACUGAGGGAGGAGCUUAUGGUGGCUCAGGACCGGAUUCAUGAGCUUGAAGCAGAGUGUCGAUCUACAAAGAAGCAGCUUGAUCACUUGGCGAAGAAUAUUGCAGAGGAAAAGGCUUCUUUGAAGAGCAGGGAACAUGAUAAGUUUCACCACAUCUUAGAUGCUGUUAAGGAAGAACUGAACCGGGAGAGGAAACAGCGACAGCGGGCAGAAACGCUGAAUUCCAAACUGCACAAUGAUCUAUCUGAGAUGAAGUUUGCUGCAAAGCGUUAUUUGCAAGAUUAUGAGAAGGAGAGGAAGGCACGGGUGCUCAUGGAAGAGGUUUGUGAUGAAUUAGCGAAGGAGAUCGCAGAAGACAAAGCUGAGGUUGAGGCUAUGAGAAGUGAAUCGAUGAAGAUCAAAGAUGAAUUGGAGGAAGAGAAGAAGAUGCUCCAGAUGGCUGAGGUUUGGCGUGAAGAGAGGGUACAAAUGAAGCUGGUUGAUGCAAAGCUGACACUUGAGAAUAAGUAUUCCCAGCUGAGCAAUCUUCAGUAUGAACUUGAGGAUUUCCUUCGUUCCCAACCAGGCUGUAAUAUAGAAAAAGGAACAGUAAGGGAAGCAGAGAGGCUCAAAGAAGCAAUCUGCUCUUCGGUGAUAAAUGGUAUCAAGGAGUUCUCUUACAAGCCCCCUCCUCCUUCAGAAGACAUUUUUGCUGUAUUCGAAGAACUCAAGCAAAGAGAAGAUACUGCUGAGAAGGUGAUUGUGCAAUGUAACGGAAAUAGGCCCAAGAGUCGUGCAUCAAGAGCCCAUACAGCUAGUCUUGAAACAGACAUGUUCUUGGAGAAUCAGCCAAGCAGAUAUUGCAAUCAGCCUCGCACCCAAAAUGAGGCGGCAGAAGAUGAUAGUGGAUGGGAAACUGUAAGCGAAGUUGAGGAGAAUGGGUGUAGUAAUUCACCAGGAGGAAGUGAACCGUCUGUAAAUGGCUUCUGUGGAGAAAACGAUGCUUCCGUGAGUGGAACUGAUUGGGAUGAAAACUGUGACAAUGAUCAGGCACAUAGUGAGAUCAGUGAAGUUUGUUCAACAACAGCAGGCAGGUCUCGGAGUAAAAGGUCAUUCGUCGGACUAUGGAGAUCAUCAAACACUGUCGACCAAAAGAAAAUGGGAUCCAAUACACUCAAUGGUAGAUCAUCAAAUGGCAGGAUGUCAAAUGUCACUGAAUCUCCUGACCUGAAGAACAGUGAGGUUUGUGACAGUCCGCACAUCACAGGGCAAUGGAGGCCGGACCUGCUAAACCCGGACAUUGUUCGAGCUAUAAAAGGAUGCAUCGACUGGCCCCGAGGAGUGCAGAAGCACAGCUUGAAGUCCAAGAUUUUGGAGGCAAGGAUUGACAACAGUAAGGUCCAGCUGCGCCAAGCAUUGAAGCAGAAGAUAUAG